AUGACACCAGCAUGGGAAAUAGCGCGGAGUUCUAAAACGGAAAAAAAACAUCCCAGAGUUCUUGGUUGGUUGGUUGAAGCACUGAGCGCGUUCAGCCAGCGUCAAGCGGCUCAAAUUACUAAGAUAAUUACUUACGACCUGCUAUGCGCAAAGAACCAUCUAUGCACCAUCAGCUACCAGGCUGCGAAAUCGCCUAUGGCAGUAGCCCGUGCAUACCAUAAAAAUCAGAAUACAAAAGGCGAUCGUACAGCAGCAGCGCCUUUGGAGCACUUACGCGGAAGUUGUCUCAUCGCCGAAGAUACGAAAGGACAACAGCACACAAACUUCAUAAUCAUCACAAAAGUACAAGACGCAACACCUUGCGUUAUGAAAACGCGUUAA